AUGCUCGUCCUUUACAUGUACAGGAUACUCGUUGCGAUCCUGCUAUUACUUUCUGUGGGAUAUGCGGUCGAUACGAAUACCGCUGAUGAUAUAUCCGACUCAUCGUUAUUGGGGAUGGUACCGGACUGUGCGCUGGACUGUCUGAAUAGCUUCAUCAAAUCCGAGUACACGCCCGAACAGUGCAAGUCGCCGUCAGAUAUUCCGUGUAUAUGCCGGCACAAAUCGACUAGUGGGGAGACUUUGGGAGAGGCAGCUUUGAGCUGCGUUCGAUCUAAGUGUACGCAGAAAGUUCUUGCGAGCUCUAGCGCUGGAAAUAUCUGUAUUUCGGUGUCUGGGGCUGUGUCGCAAGCGUCAAAGACGCAUACCACAACUAUCAUCUCGGACUCGACUAUCACAAUGAGAGGCGAUGCAACAACUACGAGUGUGGUGUUAUCGGAUGAUUCUGCGGGCACAACUGUGAUUUACCAGACUCAGAUCUCAUAUCUGUCAUCGACACCGACGCCAACUACUAGCUCUACAACCUCGAGUGCGUCUUCCGAUCUGACGUUUUAUAAUCCUGCGUCUUUGACAUCUGAGACCGGACGAACAGCGAGCACUCAAACGGCAGGCACUAAGACGACUAGCACUCAAACGACUAACGUUAAUACUGAGACGACUAGUACUGAGACGACUAGCACUGAGCAAACUUCUGUGCCUUCUAGUAAUACCUCUGCAGAUAUCAACAAGAAAGAUCACCAUGGGAUCAGUGCAGCAGCAGUUAUUGGUAUAUCAGUCGCGUCAGGUAUAGCCGUGGCUUUCAUCAUUGGCGUCGCUGUGUUCAUUUGCUGUAAAAAGCGGAGAAAGCAACAAGACGAGUCAGACCCGCAUGUGUUCGAAAUUGGAGGUGCAAUGGCUGAACCUCCCGACUUUUUGAAACCGAUGCCUCGACUCCCGAUGUCUGGUCCAGAUCCCCAGUUCCCGUCCAGCCCAGUAAGCUCCGAGGGAAGAGAUGCACACCAAAUGAGCUCUGUUCAGCCGAUGGCAUUCAUCCGCUCACAGUCACCCUAUUCGCCUGGUCAUGCUUCACCUCCCAAUCCAUCUAAGACCAACAACUUGGCCCACCAAGAGCGAAUAGGAUUCGCUGUUAGUUCAGACUCCGACUGGAAUACAUCGCCUCGAACUCAAUCUUCACAGCAUAGCGUGGCAAGACUAAUACCCGAAGGCUCAAUGGGACUAUAUCCAAAGCCACUGAAGUGGAGCCAUCGACCCACCAGCGGAGAAACCCUCUUCGAAGAAGACGAAUCACAACAGACGGCACUUGCAGCAGGGAAAAUGAAAAUGAGUAGUCCAAAGCCAGGAGUUCCACCCAAACUCGCUGGCCUGCCAGCCAAUCCCCGUGCAUACAAGGCAGGAGGAGUAGGUGUCCCAGCAGGACCAAGACCGGGACCUCCAAGAGCCCUUGCACCACCGUUCUGGCAUACUUCGACGCUCAGAACUUCAAUCUCGGAAAGCAGCACAGCUCCAAAUGAUACUGCCACUACAUCAAACCACACCUCCAAUUCCAACACCCUCUUUACACCCUUCACCUCCAAAUCUCAACCUCAAUUGCAAAACCCCCAACGGUCUCCACUCCCCUCGUCCUCGAAUCUCCCUCCAGGCUCCGAAAUAGUCUCCAAGCCCCGCAUUGUCCAAGGGAAGGAUAUCAGACGAGUACAAGUCCGAAACAGUCCUCUCCCACCCAGUGAAGUCGUCGCGCCAUACUGUCCAGAAGAUCUAUGGUUAGAGCGUGGAAGAACGCGCACACCCCCGGAAUCCGGAGAUUCUUUUGGCUCUGGGGAACCUCCUUAUCCUUCUGAUCGUUUCCCCGGGGAUGUACAUUAUCCUGAUAGCCCCAAGAAGAAGGCUGUUACGGUUGACAACCGAGUUUCGCCCACAAGUCGGAAUCUGACGCCUUCGAGAAGGGGGGAAGAUUUGAUUUUGAGGGUUGAUUGA